CAGACUACUUCCAUCGCGAUCCGCUUCGAGGGCCUCGUCGGCUGUGCCAGCGCACCCCUCAGGCUUCCGCGCUCAUGCACCAACUCUCAUGGCCAGGCCCGGCGGUUCUCAUUGCAUCAGCUAGAUCCGAGGUCUCAAAAAUUGCACUUGAACGUUGUCAGACGCACCGCGUUGCUCGCCCUUCAGUGCCAUGGUCUAUAGGAAGAGCCAUGAAGCAUGCACCUCGCGGCGGAACUUGCGCAGGAGACGCUGUGUCUUUGUUCGAGCAGUACGAAGCAAGCGUGAUGCCGCAGGAGGUAUUCAGGAAGGACUCUUGCGAUUGCUUAGCCAAUAGGUUGCCACUUGAACCAUGAUGCUAUGCUCCAUCAACGACGCGACUCCACUCCCGGCGAUCGGUGGGCUGCCUUCCGCUCUGCAUUUCUGGUCUCACUGCCAUAGCAAGGUGCUCGUAUCUGGUUAGGAGAGCGCCCCGACGUCUCCUCGCUGCACUCUCAGGGUGGGCAGACACGCCUACUUACGAUGUCUCUUCAUCGACUGAGCUCACUCACGCUUUUUGCUUACCAGCAUUUGAGGUUGUAUCAGUUCCUCUCCCCUCGUGCGAUCCUGCUCAUCGGACAUCGACCGCACGCCACUGCUCUCAUCACACUGGCAGCCUGGCGAUCUUGCCCUUGAUCUCGUAACCAGUCUAGGACUUUGAGGCAGCGACUUGGUCUCCAGUGCGGCGCGAAGAUGAGUCACAGAUCGCCAGGCUCAUUCCACCUAUACAUGCUUUGUAAGGCGCCUUUCACUUUCUUCUGCCCGCAAGGAAAAUCUGAUCGACAAGUCAAGCAGAGAAAGCGGAAGCGCCUGACAGUGACCUUGAGAGUGGUUAAUCGUCUCAAAUUUGCGAUCGGUACUUUUGUUAGCACCUCAGUUGCUGGCGCUCAUCGACGAGAGUAAGAGCGCUCUCCGGUCACUACGCGCGUGCGCUGCCUACACCCGUGCGCUCCCUACACGCGUGCGCUCAUUCUCGUUGACGCCAAUUAUUGUUACGAAGGCUCAGCAAGGGCUACAAUUCCGCCUCGUUCCAACGAUCUCUCUUACUGGGACUAAGGUACAUUCCGACUUGAGCUGUUCUCUUUGGCGCUCGUCAUCAUUCAUGCUCAAUCUGGGCAGGAGCAAUUGGUGCUGCCUAGAAAGGAUGCGACGAGAAAUCAGUUGAUGUUAUGCUCCUCGCAAAGCGACUUGAUCGCAUCGCGCCGGGCUUCUCCUCAACGUCGUGCGGCCUGGGCCAGGUUCGCACCUCAACUCGCUCAUCUCGAAAUUGGAAGACUCACUGCAACAAAUCGACUCUCUUCACCGAGCCUCUGAUCCUGAUUGCUUCGAUGCAGGUCUUUACAUGGAGAUGUGCGUACAUCCACUACCGCCGACGACAUCGAGACUAGGCGGAUCCUACGCCCUUUGGCCACAACUUAUCCGGACGGCUUCGCUUGCGCACAGUUGGUCGUGGUUCGAUGGGUACUGCUCUGCCUACUUGUACGCGUCUGACAACUCCGCGUCUCCCGCACCUCAGCUCAUCCCAGCCGACAUCUGCUUUGUCGGUCCCUGGUGCUCAACAUAAUGCAAGUACAUGCUGCUCUUGCGCCUUGCCGGCCUAUUUGAGAAGAGCGGAGCUCUGGGAGUGUCAUGCACGGCCUCACGGACCGCACAGUCUUCAGCAAUGCCAAGCGGCAAUGAACGUGUCAAGCUGGCACCGUUUCGCUAGCAGCAACAGAGCUGCACGUAGCAUGAAGUGCUGUUUCGAAUUUUGCACGAUUCUCUUGGCAAGAGGAAGACGACAGCAUCUCUCGCAUGGGAAAUGUUGAGUCCAGAGCACCAGCGCAAGCCAACAAAGGAGCGAUGUGGAUAGAGUCUCGAUGCGACAACAGGUCCUCUGGCCUAUCCAGUAUUGUGUGCUCGAAGGACCGCAUUAGCCAGGCGAGUCUUGCAAGACCCGAGCUUCGGACUCUCGAGAUGACCACUGUCCCACGAAGGGCGCCUCGGGCCUACACGCGGCCAGUACACAUGCGCACGCGCAAAGAAGUAGUCGAGAUGCCGAACGAGCUUGGAUUAGGCCAAAGGGGCUAACAACGGAUAGUGACGUCUACCCUUGUCAACAACACUUUGCCAGUUGCCUUGACUGUUCGGCUCAAAUGAGCAACGAGACUGCCGGGAUGGUCACGCCAGAACUUGCUGGAUGCGCAGCAUGUCUUCCAUUGCCUCCGUUGGUCCAAUUCGAUCACACCAUCGAGCAGUGGAGAAAGUCUUGGUCCUGCGGAAGUUCCGGCGUCCUUGGCCGAACCAAGACACGUUGCCUUGUCUCGUCGCUCAACAUCUCGCGAACCGGGGCGAGAGGCGCUGUGCAAAAAUGUGCCGAAGCUUCAAAGCACAUGUUCGAUUGCGAAAACCAACGACCCCACCCUUACGAUUGUAGCUCUUGGCAAGCUUCAUGGAGCGGUCUCGUGCAAGUGAGGUGCUCUCGCACGUCAGGGCAGUUUGGAGACGUGGAUUCGCCAAGGGGCCGGGCUAACGCGAGCUAUCAACAGCACUGAGGGCAUGGUGGGAUGCGUCAUGAAGGCGCCUCACCUACCACGGACGCCUCUUGCAAGUAUGAUGACCUUGUGAGUAGAGGCAUCCUUGUCAGCUUCUUCUGCGCGGUCUCGCUCGUCCAGCGGGCUUAGCUUCUACACAUCAGCCGCGUUUCGAGCGAUGCUGCCCGGACCGCGGUCACAGAUCGGCAUCGCGACUGCAGGGCGCUGGCUGGUCUAGGAGCAUCCACGGCACGACUUCAGUAUAGUAAGACUCAAGCUGACCUCUCUCCAUUUUGUAUCUGCCAUCGCUUGAUAUGAUCAUUGCUUCGUGCUCUCGCCUCGAUCUUCGAGAACUCGUGUUGCUGACCACCAGAGGCUUGUUUGUGGCGUCAAUGUGGGGGCUACUCCUCUCGAAUGUGGGAUUACAAUGGGAUGGACCCUCACUUAUUCCUCCUUAUCGAACAACACAACCUGGCGUCCGCCAUAUCCCACGCCCCUACCGCCGGCAGUCAGCUGACAUCAGACGGGCGAUCAGCUUUCCUCUCUGUCGACCUUGAACUGCUACGGCUGUGCUUCGAGCGUCGACAAGUCAUCGUGCCCCACGAACCAAGUUCAAGACGUUUUCUCCAACGCUUGGCAGGCAAUGAAGCAACUUGGCAACGAGGUCGCUGAGAGCCCCGACUACCAGACUACAAUCCACACGUCGCUAUCCAUCGCACAUCAAAUGCGCGAGAUGGAUUAUUUAGCAUUGCAGAUGUCCCUGCGUGUUUCUCUUCUCUCAGCACCCUUCGUCACAUGUAAUUCCGCGCUCGGCUGGCAUUCCAAGGCGGCAUAGCAGGCGGCAGGUCUGAGAGCCCUCGAAGCAGAAGGAUGGAAGUGGGGCCUUCGCAAUGGGAACAUCGAGGGACCGCACAAAUCCCCACAAGGCAGCAAAGUUCUUGCGCAAUCGAGGGAAGCAUUGCUAGCUGCCUGGAGCCCGCGCCUUUUGGUGUGCCGAAUGACUUCGCGCACGGUACUUGCGAGGUGCUUGGACUAUGCGGACCUUGGACGCGUGAGACAUUAGCAGAUAAGACAGAUUUACUUUCGUCACAAUAUCAAUCUUUGAGAUACGCCUAUCGCAGCCUCCAGAGGUAACCCUCUUCUGUCACUCGUCGACAACGCCGCUGUAUUCAAGCCUACGGGACUAUUGAGGACUCUUAUGUUGCAGUAGGCUGUGAUCGGUCUGUUCAAUCAGGCUUUGCCUCCGCUGCUCUCGCCACUCGUUGCCAUCGAUUUCAAGCAAUGGAACAGCUCUUAGGCAGGCGCGAGGGGGGGUGGUUGGGCGUUCCUUGCACGACCCUCUCAGCGCUUGGCCUUGUUGCGCCCCACAUUUCUUUCUUGCGGUAUAGCUUAGCCGACAUCGCUUGCACUCAGAGACAGCUGAGCCGCAUCGUUGCUCUGGCAUUCAGAUCUUUGUGGCAGCUCGCGCCACUGAGGCGAAGCAGCUUCCGAAGCGUUCUAGCCUUCUCAAAGCUGCCGCACAGCGGUUUGCUCACUAUAACUUUUGCACGUGGACUCUCUUCGAGCGCUGAGGCGCUUGCUUCGACGGGACGACCCGACAUAGCAACAUUCAGCAACUAUCCUCGAGGACCUCUAUCUGAUAUGGGGCGCGUGACUUCGGUACAGGGUGUCAAUCUAUCCUGGAUGCCUACGGGUGAGUGGGAGCGCGGAGAUAGCCUUGAGGUCCGCGGCGUCCUCUGCGGCGUCUAAUUCGAAGACACGCAGCUCUGCUUGUUGUAUUCUCCUGAUCGAGUCUGGCACAAGACAUGGGCUUGAGCGUCUUGGGAAGUCUCAGAGUAUACUUCAGAGCUUGGUCAUAGCUAGCGAGAGCAGCAAUCGCUAACUUCGUCCCCCUGCUCUGCUUUUCUGCCAACUUUCUACCAGCGCCAUGGAAUGGAAGCACAUUUCGUCAAGAAUGGAAGCACAUUUCGUCAAGAAGGACAAAAAAUGUCUUUUUGCAGUAUUUACCAACGCCAAGUACUCUCGACUACUGCUGGACUAUUCCACCGUCAAAGAUGGGCUAGCCUUACGCACAGUGCAGGAGUUUCCGCUUCCUCAGGACUGUCCGGAGCGAUCGUCCGUGCUCAAGGACUUAGAUGACACAGAGAGCUUGGAUUUAGGCGUGAAUUACGCUCGACAUCAUCAGUCGCGGAAGAUGGAUAUCGAAUGAGACGCGGGUGCCAUACCUUUCGGCUGCUGACCCUAGACCUAAGCAGCGCGUCCGUCGCUUGGUCUGUGAAUGUCUCGGGCAUGACCUCGUCUGCGCUCAUCCGAGCUAUCUCUCCUCUGCUGUGACCGAGGGCAAAACCACCACGUGAGCCCGCUUUCUCCGUGACGACCGCUUGGCACCUCUUAGCCAUACCAAGUCAAGUCUACAAGUUCUUUUGCGAGUAUGCUAAUUGGGUGACGCGAACAAGACGCGCGUCCACGACAAUCAGUGUCAGCUACGCCAACAGGUCUUGGAGUUGCAGCAUAGCAUCGUGCGCCGAGUCUUCGCAUGGGCACCUACCGCCCGCGCUUGGCGCAUUUACACUCAUCAGACACGAGGACAAGCCAGAGCUGGGAGUCUGCCAGCAGGACUUCGACAACGCUGCCCACCAUUCUGCCGUCGGAGCCCGUGGUGUCAGCUUCUCGAGUCUCAGCUCCAAGAUUACCAAGUCCACCGCCUUGACUUCCGCGCCCGAGGUCAAUGUUCUGGCUCGAACGACGUUCUGGCUUCAUCCGAACAGCUAAACGGCAUCUUCUACAGACAGCCGCAAAUUCCAGA